CAAUUGCAAGGCAGAGGCACCACAGGCACCAGCACCAGCCACCAAGCAAGGUAGGUACUCUGAAGACUAUAUAUGGCCUUGCUCUGAAGUUGCUCUGAAGAACCAUCAACGAAGAAGUGUGUUUUAUUAGUGGAUACGUAUUUAAUAAAUCAAUUAAUUGAUAAUCAGUUUUUUUGUAUGUCCUAGGAUUCUAUUAGAGCAUUUUAUUCCAAUUUUGUUUUGAUCUUGAUUUUCCAUAGCUAUACAUGCUGUGGCUGCCCUGCUGGGUUCGAUUAUAUCAUUGACAUCAAAUCAAUGUCGUUGGGUAGUGGGUACCUAUCCAACAGUUGUUGAUUCAGAAGUUUAAAUUGGACCCAGCUAAGGCUCCCAGCAUUUCAACCUCUUGUUUACCUUGAUAGUUUCCUUUGUUGCUGUAAGCUAGGAAAAAUAAUUUUUAGCUUGUGUUCUAAAAAUUAUGCUCAAGGUGCUCAGUGCUGUGUCGUGUGAUAAGUGUAAUUUGUACGCAGCAGAUAUACAAGCUUCAUUCAAAAAUAAUUAAUGUUUAAAUGUGAGAUGCUACAAGGUCACCAGCCAGAGUCUAUUCAUACUGGACUUGUUAGGUAUCUAUCUACAUACUUAAUCUAUAAAUACCUAUACUGAUUUGAUAAUGUUAUUCCAAUUCAUAUUGUUCCUAAAAUUGUCGGGGCUUGAACAUGUGGAUUUAUGAUUUAUGGACACAUUUGCAGUGCCAUAAUCAAGACACUUUAUUGUAAAGUUUGUAAUUAUUCAUCUUAUGGCUUACCACUAACCCUUUACAUGCUACAAAGUACAAGCAAACUCUGGUUGCGGUUAAAAAUGAUUGAAAAUGUAAAGGUGAUAUCUUUCAUUGAGUAUGCACAGUACUUGCUGCUUUUAGUCAUGCUAUUUCAGCAGUCUAUGAAUGAAUUGACUAUUCCAAUCUACAGGUUCUCCAGUUCAGCGCAGCAAUCAGCAUACUCAAUAAAUAGAUAGAGGUUACUCCUUAUCUAGGCUCCUCAUAGAAAUCCAAUGCGUCCUGAUAAAAAAGGCAAUAGACGACGCGAUGAGAGGAGGAAUGGACCCAAAACUGCACCGCCAAAGCCUGUGGGGCCUCAGAAGCCUUCAGGGCACGUCCAGAAGACCCCUGCGGUGGCACAGCCGACUCCCUCCGUAGCGCCGCAGACCCCGGCGGCUGCGCCGCUGCCGUCCGCGGACAGUCAGGGGCCGCGCGUGCUGGAGCCGGCCGCGCCGCCGCCGUCGGACACCGCGCGCUACCGGCGCCGCGAGAUCCACAGCAACUGGCACCGCUACGAAGAGGAGCCGGACGCAGAGACGACGCCGCUACCCGACGAGGAUUUUCUGCGCGGCGAUACCUUCGAGGAGCUGCUGGCCGCCUCCACCGGGGACGCCGGCCAUUUUCAGCUGCGCAGCGAGCGCUCGUGGCUGGAGUCGGGCGCUGGCGGCGGCGCCCGCAGCAGCCUGCUGACACUGGAGGCGUACCGGCCGGCAGCGGCGCUCAGCUGCCUGUCUCUGCCGCGGCGACUCGGAGUGGACGAGCGCCACUUCACGGAGGAAGAACUCCACCAGUUCACCCUCGAUGCCGACACGUGUCGCUCAAGUGCGGCCGCCGCGCGCCCAGCUGAGCGCGCCGCCACCCCUGCCGGGGAACUGAGGCCCGCCACCGAGCGGCCGACGGCGGCGGCGGAGGAGCGGCCAUCGACCGUCAACGGCACAGCUGUUACGGAGAUGGCGCCCCCUGUCGAGGCGCUGGCGUCGCUGGCCGUGGCGUCCGCAGCGGAGCCGGCUGCGCCCCCUGUGGAGGCGUCUGAACCCCCGGCAGAGGCAACGCCACCUGCCGAGAAGACAGCGCCGCUCUCCGACCGGCCGGGUGGAGACGUCGCGCCGGAGCCGGCGACGGAGAGCGUAAAAAAACCGGCCCCGGCGCCGGCUCUGCUGCAGGACGACUGGUUAGAUUCGGUGCUCUCGGACGAGGACUGAGACCGGGAGCCUGACUGACAGAGGCCGUGAACCUGCAGGGACUGAGGACCGAGAGGCCGUGAGUUCUCUCUGUUCUCAGUGAUCGUCCUAUGUGGCCUUCUGAGGACGGCCCCUCCGUGAGAAGCCGUCCACGACUGAGGAGUCAGGUCUGACAGUCCAGAGCACUGAGACCGCUGAGACCACGAGACAGCCAUUUAAGCGAAGACUGCGAGUGCGGACCUGUUGUGUCUAACCGCCGCUCUGUAGGCGGCCUACCUACCUUCACUAUCCGCCUCGACCUACCCGCCCGCUAGAGUUGUAGCGACAUGUACCGUUCUCCUACCUUAUCUGCCUCUCGGAUUCCCAGCUUCCUAAACUGACUGUUUGCUGUCCAGUCUUCAGCGUUCCCUAUGCAGUGUGAAGUAUUCGUUAAUACCCCUCAACGCUUCAGUGGGAGUACUAAGUACUGGCCGUAUGCAUACUGCAUGUAUCCAUGCGCGUGUGGAUGUCGUGUGCUGUGUUUGUUGAUGUGUGCGGAUUACGUGCGGUCCCCCGUCACUGCAGGGCGACUUUGAAUCUCUGUUGGACGGGUUUGGUGCGUGAAGGGAAACGUGAUCGGACCGACGCACGGGAACUGGUUUGUUACGGACUGCUGUCGUUGUUAUGUGACAAUAUAUAACCGGCUGUGAGUACACAUUA